GCUCCCCCCAAGAUCCAGUUGUUUGCUGUGUUUACACAUGAUCAUCAAUGUUGCAAACAGUAAAAAAAUGUAAAUAAUAUAAUAAAUAAAAUAAUAAAUAAAUAAAUAAAUGGGUCUGAAUGGGUAACGUGUGUAAUUGUCGUAAUAAUGAUGAGCAAAUAAAUGCUGGCUCAAUACUUGAUCGUGUUAUAAGUCAAGCAAAUGAUGAAGAUCAAUGUUUGUUAUAUCGUUUGGCAAAUUAUAAAAAAGGUGGUGAGCUAAUUGAUGCAUAUCAAAAUGGUGGACAAAAUGAAGUUGAGUAUGUUAUUAGAGGACAAUUUGGUAUGUUGAUGUAUGGUGAUGGUAAAGGAAAAAUAAUAAAUCGUGCUGAAUAUUUACGUUGGAAAUUUCGUGAUUUAAAAAAAGUUAUAUUACCAAUUGAAGCAUCAUUGUCACGUUUUGAUCCAUUAUCACAGUGGAAUGAUCAUAAAGCAUGUUGGCAAAUGCAAUAUCGUGGAUCAUUAGGUGAAACAUUAUUACAUGUAUUAAUAAUAUGUGACACUCGUAUACACACUAAAAUAGCAAGAAUAUUAUUAAAAUGUUAUCAAAAUUUAGCAAUUGAUGUUGUUGAAGGUGAAGAAUAUCUUGGUGCUGGUGCAUUACAUUUAGCAAUAGCAUAUAAUAAUAAUGAACUUGUACAAGAUCUUGUUGAGGCUGGUGCUAUUGUACAACAACGUGCAAUUGGAUCAUUUUUUUUACCAAAAGAUCAACAAGGUACAAGAUCAUCAAAAUAUACUGAUUAUGAAGGACUUGCAUAUCUUGGUGAAUAUCCACUUGCUUGGGCAGCUUGUUGUGCUAAUGAAAGUGUAUAUAAUCUUUUACUUGAUUCUGGUGCUGAUCCAGAUGAUCAAGAUUCAUUUGGCAAUAUGAUACUUCACAUGGUUGUUGUUUGUGAUAAACUAGAUAUGUUUGGUUAUGCUCUUCGUCAUCCAAAAUUUCCAGCACGAAAUGGAAUAGCCAACAAUGCUGGUUUCACACCGCUAACACUUGCCUGUCAGCUUGGACGUGCUGAGGUAUUUCGUGAAAUGCUUGAACUUUCAGCACGUGAAUUUUGGAGAUACAGUAACAUCACAUGUUCAGCAUAUCCACUAAAUGCACUAGAUACACUUUUACCAGAUGGCAGAACAAAUUGGAACUCGGCACUUUUUAUAAUUCUCAAUGGUACCAAAGAGGAACAUCUGGAUAUGCUUGAUGGUGGUAUUAUUCAACGACUAUUGGAAGAAAAAUGGAAGACAUUUGCACGAUUGCAGUUUCUCAAACGUCUUAUCAUACUCGUAUUUCAUCUGACAACAUUGUCACUUGCCGUUUAUCUACGUCCAGCUGAUAUUGAUGCUGAUCUCAUGAUUUGGACAAAUGAAUUUACAAAUAUGGCACGAGUUAUUGCUGAAUUUUCAACUGUUAUUGGAGUCUUAAGUUAUAUACUCAUUCAGCUUGGUGGUGAAGUUGUAAAUAUUGGAUUGUUAUCAUUUUUAAAACAACUGACACAUGAACCAGCAAAAUUUAUAUUUUUAAUUAGUAAUUUUUUGAUUCUGGCAUGUAUACCAUGUCGUUAUCAUGGAAAUCGUCAUCUUGAAGAUGCAAUUUUAGUUGUCGCUGUGCCUGGCUCAUGGUUUCUUCUCAUGUUUUUUGCUGGUGCAGUAAGAUUGACUGGACCAUUUGUGACAAUGGUGUACAGCAUGAUAACCGGUGACAUGCUUACAUUUGGCAUAAUUUACAUGGUCAUGCUAUUUGGUUUUUCACAGUCCUUUCAUUUUCUCUACAAAGGAUAUCCUCGAGUUCAAUCAUCUCUGUAUCACUCGUAUCAUUCUACCUGGAUGGCUCUCUUCCAAAUCACGCUGGGAGACUACAGUUAUUCAGACUUGAGUGACACAGCUUAUCCAAAUUUAAGUAAAACAGUAUUUGCAAUAUUUAUGGUUCUGGUGCCAAUUUUACUGCUCAAUAUGUUAAUUGCCAUGAUGGGUAACACAUAUGCUCACGUUAUCGAACAGAGUGAAAAAGAAUGGAUGAAACAGUGGGCUAAAAUAGUGGUAUCACUUGAGCGUGCUGUAUCACAAAAAGACGCUCACAAUUAUCUUCAAGAAUAUAGUAUUAAACUUGGACCAGGUGAUGAUCCAAAUAAUCCAGCAUCUGAACAACGUGGUGUUAUGGUGAUAAAGAGUAAAUCCAAAACAAGGGCGUGUCAAAGAAAAGGUGCUGUUUCUAAUUGGAAGCGAGUUGGAAAAGUUACAAUAACAGCUCUACGAAAUCGAGGAUUAACUGGUGAAGAAUUACGUUUAAUAAUGUGGGGUCGUGCUUCAAUAUCAACCCCAGUUAGAAUAAGUCCGCACAUGAACGAGUCGGAAAUCUCAGCGUCAGCGGGCGUGACUGGAGGAUUUGGUGACGCCCUGACUGCAGCUCUAGAUGUAAUGGCCUUUGCCCACGACAUUGACCUGGCCACAGUUACCGAGAGAAUACCAACAACAACAACAACAACAGCAACUGAUACAACUGGUUCAGUUAAACAGCAAACUAUAGCAACACAACAAUCAAAAAGUAUUGUUGCCACACAAAACCAAAGUCAAGCCAAUAUCACAAGCACAACAACAUCCAAUAUCCCAACAGCUAAACCAAUUGAUACUGUUAUUGAUAAAAUUGUUGUACCGGAGAUUCCAAGAAAUCCCAUUAGUGGAAUAAACCGUGUGGAAUCAAAAAAACCUGAGUGUAAUAAAAAUGAACUGGAUCCACUGUUGGAUCUAGUCAUUGCAUCUGAAUCACCAGAUUCACAUCAAGAAACAUUACUUAGAAUUGCUGAGGAAGCAAGAAUAUCAAGUGAAACUAAAAACACACGGGAAUCAAAAAUUUUAGCAAAUAUGGGAAUUGGCGUUGACGUUGAUGAAGAUGACGAAGAUGACGAAGAUGAUGAUGAUGAUAAGUCAACAAAAGGAAAUAUAAAUUUUACAGAAUCAAGUGAUUCUGAUAUAUGCAGAGGUAAAAAUCUAUUGGGAGCGGAAUUUCGUCUUAGAAGAAUUCGUUCAGCAUGCUUGGAAUAUAGCUCGACGACGCAUAGUAACGUUGAUCCAAAUGGCUCUGGUUGUAUAUCCUCGUCGUCCUCGUCAUUGGCCAAUGAAAAUUCCGUAAAUCGUGUCGUCAAUCUGACAAACGUUUCCAUGAAUGAAAUUCAAACUGACAAUGUUAUUGAUGAAAUUGCUUGUCAUUUGGAUAAUGUUAAAUCAUCUGAUACUAAUAAAAACGAGAAAAAGAAUAAUGAUUAUUCUGUUAAACAUAAUCAUGAUAAUAUUGAUGAUAAAAAAUAUAAAAAACGAGUCAAUAAACAUCACAAACGUCGUGUUAAAACAGCUAAAAAUAGAGUAAGACCAAAGGAAAUUGAUUGUGAUGAUGACAGACGUGAAGAGAAAAUUAUUGAUGAUAAAAAAAAAUUAGAAAUAAAUACAUCACCAUCAUCACCAACUGAUCCACUUGAGCCAUGGAGUACACGAGGAAUAAGUAACAUGAAUAAAUUAUUAUCUUGGCAAGAAAAUGUUCAUGAAAGUCCUUGAAAUAAUUACAUAACAUUUUUUAAAUAAAUUAAUAAAUUACAUUGAAUAAAA